AUGGCACCUGCUACAAGCCUUCCAACUCGCAGACUGGGCAAAGACGGGCCUGAGAUCACUGCCCUUGGCUUGGGACUCAUGGGUUUGAGCGUUGCUUAUGGAAAGCCUGGAUCUGAUGAAGAGCGACUUGCAUUUCUAGAUCGUGCCUGGGAGCUCGGAGCCAGAAACUGGGACACCUCCGACUUCUACGGUGACUGCGAGGUCAUCUUGGGCAAGUGGUUUAAGCUGCACCCUGAGCGCCGCGCCGACAUAUUCCUCGCAACCAAGUUCAGCAUGCGCGGGGAUUUCAGACCAGAUGGCUCAUUUGGGUACUUGCCUGAUAGCUCACCAGAGUGGUGCCGCGAGGCGUGUGCAAAGAGUCUGGAGAGACUCUGCGUUGACAAUAUUGAUCUCUACUACAUUCAUCGACUUGAUGGGACGACGCCAGUUGAGAAGACCAUCGAAGAGAUGGUCAAAUUGAAGAAUGAGGGCAAAAUCAAGUAUUUGGGGAUUUCGGAGUGCUCAUCCGCAGCUGUCCGACGCGCGCACGCAAUCCACCCCAUUUCUGCCGUGCAAGUCGAGUACAACCCCUGGUCCCUGGAUAUUGAGGGUCCUCCUGGGACGCAUCUCCUCCAGACCUGCCGAGAGCUCGGUAUCACGACGUUUGCGUACUCGCCUCUUGGCCGGGGAAUGAUGACCGGAAAGUACAAGUCCCCCGACGACUUUGAGAAAACGGACUUUCGACGGCAAAUUCCUCGCUUCCAGGGUGAAAACUUCAAGAAGAAUGUCGAGCUCGUGGAAAGUUUCCGCGAGAUUGCGGAGAAGAGACACGGGUGCACUGCCGGCCAGCUUACGCUUGCUUGGUUGCUUGCGCAAGGGGACGAUAUCAUUCCCAUCCCUGGGACGAAGAAGAUUCCUUACCUCGAGGAGAAUCUUGGUGCACUGAAGGUAAAGCUGUCGGAGGAGGAGCAGAGGGAGAUUAGGGCGUUGGUGAAUGAGGCAGAUGUUCAGGGUCAUCGAGGACCAUUGUUUGGAAGUUAUACUGACUCUGCGCCGCUGAAAGAGUAA